AUGCCGCGAAGAUUAUCAACUGAGGACUUGCGACGAAUACUGGAAGAAAUUGACUAUGAAUUGAGUAACGAUGACACGGAUUCGAACGGCGGCGAUAGCGAUGUACAAGACGAGCCAGAUUCCGAUAUUUCAGAUCAAGAACCGAGUAUUUUUGCAGAUGACGAUAUCGAUGAUCCUGAUUUUGAACCAGGUGAGAUUUCCCGCUCAAACAUUGUAACCGAUGACAUUGGUAGUGAUUCACCAGCUGAUAAUUUAUCCGAUAUCGUAAUAAAUUCACCUCGGCCAGAAACGAGCAGAAGGCGGACUGCUGGUGAGAUCAUGCGGCUUACUUUGCAAGAAAUAAAUGAUAUGGAUAGAGAAAAUGGCUGGAGUCAGGACAUCUUACCACUGUCACGUCAACGUUAUAAUAACAGCCCAACUAUUCAUAUCCAAGGUGAACAAUCUGUUGUUUCCAUUUAUCGACGUAUAUUGACCGACGAAGUGUUAGAUCUUAUGUUCACUCAAACAAAUCUGUACGCUUCUCAACUGAAACAGAACGUCAACAUAUCAGUUCAUAGUCGCAUGAAUCGGUGGACAGACAUUACACGUGAAGAAAUGUUGAAAUUUAUGGCCUUGUACAUGUUGAUGGGUAUUGUGAAAUUUCCGACGAUUGAAUCGUGUUGGAAAUUAGACUAUUUACUACCAUCCAAUAUUUCACAAUGUAAACAUGUCGUAUAA